CAGCGAGAGGAGCCGAGUCUUGUUUACAGCGGUGAUUCUACACAGCGGAGACCGACAGCAGAGUCGCGGAGGAGUCCGAACGGCGCUCCACAAUCAAACACCAGCCUCACAAUCCAUUUAUAUCAAGCAGUUUUUGCAGUGCGGAAAACCAAAACCCACGCUGCGGGAGCUGCUCACUUUUGCACCUCGACAAAAUGAUUUUUUCCCCCACCGCCAAACAGACCGACCGUGAGAGCGCGUGAAGACGGCAGGGGAGGGCGAGCAGUUGCUGAAACCAUUUUUGUCCUGGCGGAUAUUUUGGAUCGAGCCCUGUCGGGAGGCUUUCAUUCAUACAUUAACACGCUAUCCGAGUGGCCUGGCUCUUCGGACGUGACCUCAAAAUUCCUCCGUCCAUCAGUACAGCGUGAUUCAUCAGACGGGCACAGGCUCGCGCACUGAAGGUGUUUUUGUUGGAGGAGAAGCCGCUCGUUUGGCUGGCCGUGCUGCCUGCCUGCGCGUCCCUCUCGGGCUUUCAAGAAAUGGAGGCUGAAGAUGCAGAUUAUCGGUCGAAUAAAAUUCGUGGCUCCGACCCGAUUGCAUCAUUUCACUUCUGGCAAAAAUAACAGCAUGUUUUAAUUGAUCUGGAUGUGUCCACUAAAGGAGAAUUCUGUCAUUAUUACCAGAGAUAUUUUAUCUACUCCAUCCUCGCCUCCCGUUAUCUUUACGGGUAACGUUAAAGGAACUAACUGCUCAUCCAAAGCGGAUUUUUCAGGACUUUUUUGCUUGCUUACUAAAAGAAGCGUCGCGUUUUUCUGCAAUUUCAGUUUUUUAUCUUUAUUUUUUUGGGAAUAACCGAUUGUUAGGAAUGAGAUCUGGAACAGCGAGGGAUGUUUGGACCUUAUUUUGGGGUCCUGCGCUGUUUCUUUCCACCAUCUGCCUGUGGUGUGCCCGUGGAGAAGUCUGUGGUCCUCAUAUUGAUAUUCGCAAUGACAUCACUGAGUUCAAGAAGCUGGAAAACUGCACGGUGGUGGAAGGCUACCUGCAGAUCCUCCUCAUUGGAGACAAGAACAACAACCUCAACCAGGAACACUUUCGUACCCUGUCCUUCCCCAAGCUGACCAUGGUAACGGACUACAUUCUCCUGUUCCGUGUCUCCGGUCUGGACAGCCUAAGUGUGCUCUUUCCUAACCUCAACGUCAUCCGAGGGCGCAAUCUAUUCUACAACUACGCCCUGGUCAUCUUCGAAAUGACCAGCCUGAAAGAUAUCGGUCUGUAUAACCUGAGAAACAUCACCAGAGGGGCCAUCCGAAUCGAAAAGAACCCGGAGCUGUGCUACUUGGAUUCGGUUGACUGGUCACUCCUUAUGGAUGCAGAGUUUAACAACUACAUCGCUGGAAACAAGCAGUCCAAAGAAUGCGGAGAUGUUUGUCCAGGCAUCAAUGAGGAUAGACCGCAUUGCAUAAGGACCAGCUUCAAUGACAACUACAGUUACCGCUGCUGGACCUCUAACCACUGCCAGAAAGUGUGUCCUAAGGAGUGUGAGAAGAGAGCGUGCACGGAUGCGGGCGAGUGCUGUCACCCCCAGUGCCUGGGCAGCUGUACGGAAGCAGACAAUGAUAAAGCAUGUGCCGCCUGCCAGCAUUACUUUCACGAGGACCGCUGUGUUGAGGCCUGCCCGCCAGAUACCUACAAGUUUGAAGGAUGGCGCUGCAUCACCAUGGAGAUGUGUGCCCGUGUUCACCUACCCAGCGAGGUGGACUUCGUCAUUCACAACGGAGAGUGUAUGCCGGACUGCCCGCCCGGAUUCACCCGCAAUGAGACUCAGAGUAUGUUUUGCAGCGCGUGUGACGGACUGUGUGAUAAAGUCUGCGAAUCUAAAACAAUCGACUCGGUGGAUGCGGCUCAAUCACUGCAGGGCUGCACAGUCAUCAGAGGCAACCUGCAAAUCAACAUCCGCCGGGGCAAUAACAUUGCAUCAGAGCUGGAGAGUUUCAUGGGGCUGAUCCAGACAGUGACUGGAUAUGUAAGGAUCAAGCACACUCAUACUCUGGGCUCUCUGUCCUUCCUCAAGAGUUUGCGAUACAUUCUUGGAGAAGAGCUUGUGGAUCAUACCUAUGCAUUCCAUGCAGUGGACAACCACAACUUGCAAUAUCUCUGGGACUGGACUCAGCACAAUCUGACUAUUAGAACGGGGAAACUUUACUUCCGCUUCAAUCCCAAGCUUUGCAUGUCUGAGAUCCGGAAAAUGUGGGAGAAAACCAGCGUUGGGGAAAAGAUGGCAGAGGAUGAUGUUCGUAGCAAUGGAGAGCGAGCAAGUUGUGAGAGUUAUAUUCUUAAGUUCAGAUCCAACCACACUCAGAGUACUCGGAUAAAGCUCACUUGGGAGCGAUAUCGACCGCCAGACUACAGAGACCUCAUCAGCUUCAUUGUGUAUUACAAGGAGGCACCCUUCCAGAACAUCACCGAAUUCGACGGACAGGAUGGGUGUGGCUCUAAUAGCUGGAACAUGGUGGAUGUGGAUCUUCCUCAGGAAAAAUUGAUUGAUCCUGGAGUACUGCUGUCCCCUCUUAAACCCUGGACUCAGUAUGCUAUCUUUGUGAAGGCUGUCACUCUGGUUGUAGAGGACAAGCAUGUUGGGGGAGCUAAGAGUGAGGUGGCUUACAUCCGCACCAAUGCAUCAGCGCCGUCAAUGCCCCUCGAUGCCCGUGCAUACGCCAACUCCUCUUCAUCCCUGAUGGUGAAGUGGUCUCCUCCUAUCGCUCCAAACGGAAACAAGACAUUCUACUUUCUCCGUUGGCAGCAGCAGGCAGAAGAUGGUGAACUCUACCAGCAUAAUUACUGCUCCAAAGAGCUUAAGAUCCCAAUCCGCAUCUCAGCCACAUCUUUGUCAGACAUGGAGAGCGAGACAAAGCCCACGAAAUCAGAUGUUGCCGGGGGCGAGAAGGGUUGCUGCCCCUGCCCAAAAACCAAGGAGGACCUGAAGGCGGAAGCUGAAGACCGAUCUUACCGCAAAGUCUUUGAGAACUUCCUGCACAACUCUAUUUUCACACCCAGACCUCCAGACAGGAAGCGUCGAGACUUGAUUGGAGUGGCCAACAGCACACUAGUGUCGGGUGCAAGCAGGAACAUCUCAGUUCUGGAGAGUAACAUCACUCACCCAGAGCUGCCAGAAAAAGAGUACCCGUUCUCUGAAGGCAAAGUCCACACAGAGUUCAUGGAGAUACACAACCUUCGGCCUUUCACCGUCUACCGCAUUGACAUCCACGCCUGCAACUAUGAAGUCCACCGGUGCAGUGCUGCGGCCUUUGUUUUCUCCAGAACCAAACCGGCAGAUAAAGCGGAUGAUAUUCCCGGCUCUGUGACUCAGGAGAGGGAUGAGAAGGGAGAAGGAAUAGUGAUUCUGCGGUGGCCUGAACCUCUUCACCCGAACGGACUGAUCCUCAUGUAUGAGAUCAAAUAUCGUCUGGGAACUGAGACUGAGAAGCAUGAAUGUGUAUCGCGGCAGCAAUACAAAGUGCUGCGAGGUGCUCAGCUUAGCAAUCUGGCCUCUGGAAAUUAUUCAGCUCGAGUCAGAGCCACUUCUCUGGCUGGAAACGGGUCUUGGACUGAACCAGUGUCCUUCUACGUGCCACCCCCUAAAAGGAAUUAUGAUAAUGCCUUCUACGUGGCCAUCAUUAUCCCUGUCAUAGUGCUACUGUUGCUGCUCUUCGUGAUCGUAGCUGUCAUCAUUGUGACCAAAAAGAGGAAUAGUGACAGGAUAGGAAAUGGUGUGCUGUAUGCUUCUGUGAACCCCGAAUACUUCAGUCCAUUUGAAAUGUAUGUGCCAGAUGAAUGGGAAGUGGCUCGAGAGAAGAUCACCAUGUGCCGUGAGCUGGGCCAGGGCUCUUUUGGUAUGGUGUAUGAGGGCAUUGCAAAGGGUGUUGUUAAAGAUGAACCUGAGACCAGAGUGGCUAUCAAGACUGUAAACGAAUCCGCCAGCGUACGUGAACGCAUCGAGUUCCUGAACGAAGCUUCAGUUAUGAAGGAGUUCAACUGUCACCAUGUGGUGCGUCUUCUGGGUGUGGUUUCACAAGGACAGCCUACUCUAGUAAUAAUGGAGCUGAUGACACGGGGUGAUCUGAAGAGCCACUUGCGCUCGCUCCGUUCCAAAGAGCAGGGCUCCAGCAGCCAGUCUUUGCCUCCGCUGAAGAAGAUGAUUCAGAUGGCGGGUGAGAUAGCGGAUGGGAUGGCCUACCUCAAUGCCAACAAGUUCGUGCAUCGAGAUCUGGCUGCCAGAAACUGCAUGGUUGCUGAAGACUUCACAGUUAAAAUCGGAGACUUUGGCAUGACAAGGGACAUCUAUGAGACUGACUACUAUCGCAAAGGAGGCAAAGGGCUGCUGCCGGUCCGCUGGAUGUCUCCAGAGUCUUUGAAAGAUGGCGUCUUCACAACUAAUUCUGAUGUCUGGUCGUUUGGUGUGGUUUUAUGGGAGAUUGCCACAUUAGCCGAACAGCCCUACCAGGGCAUGUCCAACGAGCAGGUACUGCGCUUCGUCAUGGAGGGAGGACUUCUGGAUAAACCGGACAACUGUCCCGACAUGCUGUUUGAGCUAAUGCGCAUGUGCUGGCAGUACAACCCUAAGAUGCGGCCAUCUUUCCUGGAGAUCAUCAACAGCAUAAAAGAGGAACUGGAGCCCCCUUUCCCGGAGGUUAGCUUUUUCUACAGUGAGGAGAACAAGCCGCCCGACACUGAGGAACUGGACAUGGAGGUGGAGAACAUGGAGAACGUCCCACUGGACCCCGCAUCCACAUUGGCCCCCUCUUCUCAGGGGAACACAGGAGCUCAAUCCCAGAGCCCGCAGCCGCUUUCCCCAGCUCAGGCGCCUGGGACGCCGCUUGGGUCUGCACAGACUCCCUCCACCUCACCGCCCUCAUCCUCAGCCUCUCCAGGCCUGGCUCUGGAUAAGCACUCAGGACAGGUAGCAGCAAAUGGACCGGUGGUGUUGCUGGGGCCGGCGUUUGACGAGACGCAGCCUUACGCACACAUGAACGGCGGGAGGAAGAACGAGCGAGCGCUGCCACUGCCUCAGUCCUCGGCCUGCUGAUCAUCACAGGGUACACACAUUUCCCUCCUCCCUUUGUCUACAUGGUCGUAUGUGUUUUUUCUUUCAUUCUCGAGGAGUCAAAACUCAGCGCCGACCAUGGAGGCAACCACCAGAUGGAUGGUGUCCUGCCUGGAAGUCAUUCAGGUGGAUCACUCAGUUCAAAUGAUUUGGAAUGACGGAGGACGGUUUGUGCAGUUGAAAGAAAAAAGCCUCCAAAAACUCUUGCAAUAUUUAAGAUUUCAGAACAAACCACCACACUGGAGGGCCCUGGCUUCCACAAAAAAUGUUUCUAAAGGAAGAAAAGCUGCCAGUUCAUUGUAACACAGGAGAGACUAGCCAGCAAGCCCAGCCCGUGAACACUUUAAGGGUGCAUACGAGUGUGUUUUUCUACAAAACUACACAUUCCCCUCCUCAGCGCAAGAACAUUUCUUCCUCUAAGACUGUCUUUGUCAUCACAUUUCUCUUCAAGAAAGCGCAGAGACUGGAUCUGCUGCAAUCGCUUGUUCUCAGUCAGUGGUUGCUCAUGUUACUGGUUAAUCCACCCUUCAACUUCAUAUAUUUCAAGGGUGUUUGUUACAGAGUGAGGUGGGCUUUUUUAAAAACUGCCAAAUGUUUGCCAAAUCAAAUGUCCCUUUUUUUCUGAAAAAACAAACAAAAAUAUAUUUAUCACUACAAAACCCCUAUCCACAGCCGACUUUAAGGUUGCACUCUGAAGUAAACUCUCAUACUGUCUUCGAUGGGGAUUUCUGCACCUCAUCUUUUACAAUCAGCUUGAGUUUGUAAAUCUUUCCCCUUUUUAUAUGGCUCUGAUCUCCGACUAUUGCAUGGCAGUUCCUGCUGCACGCACCAUCUGUGAGCUGAGCCUCUGUGAGAGCGAUGUCUCUAGUCAAAAGAAAAGAGCGCGGCGCUAAUCGAGAAGGUGAAGAGAUCAGCGCGCCGUGGAGAGACGGAUAUGAAUUAAAAGGGAUCGACUCUGUCAUGAAGCAGACUGAUUACAGGGGCUUCAUCUGUUUUGACUUCAUCUGUUUUGUGAGAUGAGUGAGGCAUCAUACACAGCAGGUAUUUUUUUAGACUAGUCAUUAGUCUCUCUGUACAAUUCAUAUGAUUCUAAGAAGGGUCUUACAGUUCUAUGUUAGACCACAAGAUCAUUUACACACAAAUCAUUGGUUUGAGUCACUUUUGAUAACUUUUUUACGGUUCUGAUGUUCACCUCUUUGUCUGUACAGAAAGAAGCUGCUAAUUUUUUUUCUUUU